AUGAUUGCAGACAUGUCAGUUUUACCUUAUAAUUCUCAGUUUUUCUGUUCUGUGUCUCAGUGCUAUGUGUCUAGGAAGUAUAGGGAAGAGGUUACUCCCCAGCAUUCUCAGGUAUCCAAAGCAUACCUAAGAAGCUGGCAGUCCGUUGCUUAUUCUGUUGCCGCCACGCAGUCUAAGCACUUUGGGAGCCAGAACCCAAGUUGUAAGAUUACGAUCGUCCACCCAACCAUGGAAGAAUUUGAAGAUUUCAGCAAAUAUAUUGCCAUGGAGUGGCAAGGCCACCGAGCUGGCCUAGCCAAGGUAAUUCCACCGAAAGGAUGGAAAGCCAGACAGACGUACGAUGAUACCGAUGACAUCUUAAUAGCCGCUCCCCUCCGGCAGGUGACCACUGGGCAGGCAGGUGUGUUUACUCAGCACCACAAAAAGAAGAAAGCCAUGGCCGUGAGCGAGUAUCGCCGCUUAAGAAACAGUGAAUGACACCAGACUCCAUUCUACUCUGAUUUUCAGGAUCUGGAGCAAAAAUAUUGGAAAACACGCCCCUAUGAUUCACCAGUAUACGGUGCGGACGUCCGUGGCUCCUUAUUCGAUGAAAACACGAAGCAGUGGAACCUUGGACACCUGGGAACCAUUGAGGACCUGCUGGAACAGGAGUGCGGAGUGGUCAUCGAUGGUGUCAACACCCCCUACCUUUACUUCGGCAUGUGGAAGACCGCCUUCGCCUGGCACACGGAGGACAUGGACCUUUAUAGCAUCAACUACCUGCACUUCGGGGAGCCCAAGACUUGGUACGCGGUGCCCCCGGAGCACGGCCGGUGCCUGGAACGCCUGGCCCGGGAGCUUUUCCCGGGCAGCUCGCGGGGCUGCGAGGCCUUCCUGCGGCACAAGGUGGCUCUCAUCUCGCCCACAGUCCUCAAGGACAACGGCAUCCCCUUCGGUCGGGUCAUUCAGGAGGCUGGAGAGUUCAUGGUGACGUUUCCCUAUGGCUACCACUCUGGCUUCAACUGCGCGGAAGCCAUCAAUUUUGCCACCCAGCGUUGGAUCGAUUAUGGCAAAGUGGCCUGGGAAUAG